AUGGUGUCAGCUAACGACCCAGUUGAGUCUUUCUUCAAUUCCAUUCAAGUCAUGAAGGAAUCGCUGUCACCACUCGAACUGGGUUUCCGAAAGGCGGCCAAAGAUUUUGAACAUUGUUUUGCAGGUAGGCAUGGUGUUUGUUUAAUUGCCCAAGUGAGAAAUGGUGGCGAGUUUCAGAUCUGUGAUGCCAAGAAGAAAAAAGGGUUGUCUAUGAAGGUUCCUUUGAAGGCUUUUUUGGGUAUUUUUUCACAGGAUUCAAGGAAUGUAAAUAAAACUCAAGUUGUUAAGGAAAAUGAGUCUUCUUGUGCCAAUUGUUUGCAGUUUUCUGUGACUUGGUCAUUGUUGGUUAAUGGGUUUAUUCAGUCUUUGCCUAUUCCUUUUAAAAAUGGGAAGAAGAGGUUUCAGAAAGUGUGUGAUGAGGAUAGUAAUAAGGAUAAGUAUUCAUGCAUUAAGCAAAGUUUUUCAUCAUGUGAAGUGAAGCAUAAUGAGUCUAAGGGUCAAUUUGUUGGGACAGUUAAGGAAGAGGUUGUGAAGAGGAAAGAUGAAAAACAUGUUUCACUUGAAUGUCUUAUAGGUUUUAUCUUCGAUCAGCUAUCUCAUACAAUUCAGAGUCUUGAACAUGGAAUAAAUGGAAUGCAAGAGAAAAAUGAAGUUGAGUGUGGAAAAACUUUGUUGCAUUCACCUCCUUUUGAUCAUGUGAAUGCAUUUGCUAGCUUCUUGGAAGGGCACAAGGUGAAUGUGAAUGGUUUCUUAGGGAAUUUGAAUUUUGCAAAGGUGGGUGGUGUGCCAACAAGUGCAGCUGGAGAAGAAAUUGCUUCACAAAAUGAAAUGGGAGAUGUCAGUAAUGAUGAAAAUAAGGAAGAAAGUGUGGGGAUUUCGGCGCAGAAGCUUGGGAAAACAUCGAAAGACCAUCCUGAUAAGAAGAAGCUAUUCUCUGUACAAGAUUUCUUUAGAUACACAGAGUCGGAAGGGAGGAGGUUCUUUGAGGAGUUGGAUAGAGAUGGUGAUGGCCAGGUAACUUUAGAAGAUCUAGAAAUUGCAAUGAGAAGGAGAAAGCUUCCACGAAGAUACGCUAAAGAAUUCAUGAGCCGUACCAGAACUCACUUAUUUUCUAGGUCUUUUGGUUGGAAGCAAUUCUUAUCAUUCAUUGAACAAAAGGAGCCAACAAUUCUUCGUGCAUACACUUCUUUGUGUUUAACCAAGUCAGGGACGUUGAAGAAAAGUGAAAUAUUGGAGUCACUUAAGAAUUCAGGACUGCCUGCAAACGAAGACAAUGCUGUUGCGAUGAUGCGAUUUCUAAAUGCAGACACAGAAGAAUCUAUUUCGUAUGGGCAUUUCCGUAAUUUCAUGCUUCUGCUUCCCUCAGAUCGUCUUCAAGAGGAUCCUAGGAGUAUUUGGUUUGAAGCUGCAACUGUAGUUGCUGUUCCACCAUCCGUCGAAAUUCCUGCUGGAAGUGUUCUAAGAUCUGCAUUGGCAGGUGGCCUUUCUUGUGCUCUGUCUUGUGCAUUAUUGCAUCCUGUUGAUUCAAUCAAGACUCGAGUACAAGCAUCAACCAUGUCUUUCCCUGAAAUAAUUGCGAAGUUGCCAGAGAUCGGGACACGUGGUUUAUACAGGGGUUCAAUACCUGCAAUUCUUGGACAGUUUUCAAGCCACGGCCUGCGAACUGGGAUAUUUGAAGCAAGUAAAUUGUUGUUGAUAAAUGUUGCUCCAAACUUGCAUGAACUCCAGGUACAAUCUAUAGCAUCUUUCUGCAGCACGUUUCUGGGCACAGCUGUGCGAAUCCCCUGCGAGGUGUUAAAGCAGAGAUUGCAGGCUGGUAUUUUCAACAAUGUGGGCGAGGCUUUGGUUGGGACUUGGCAGCAAGACGGUCUUAAAGGUUUUUUUCGUGGAACCGGAGCCACACUUUGUCGAGAAGUUCCAUUUUAUGUUGCUGGCAUGGGACUUUACGCCGAAUCUAAAAAGGGUGUCCAAAAACUACUAGGACGGGAACUCGAGGCCUGGGAAACAAUUGCAGUUGGAGCUUUAUCUGGUGGCUUGGCAGCAGUUGUUACAACUCCAUUUGAUGUGAUGAAAACUAGAAUGAUGACCGCCCAGGGUCAGUCUGUGUCAAUGUCCAUAGUAGCCAUCACUAUACUCCGCCAUGAAGGACCCCUUGGUUUGUUCAAAGGAGCAGUUCCUAGGUUCUUUUGGAUUGCUCCUUUAGGUGCCAUGAACUUUGCAGGUUAUGAGUUAGCAAGGAAAGCCAUGAAUAAAAAUGAAGAGGCUAAGACUGGAAAUGUGGAGUAA